AUGGCCGUGGCUGUCGCGGAUGUUAGAGCUGUCCACGACAAGCAGAGCCUGCCGGGUCCAGUGGCACUCCGAAACCCACCAAUGGAAUGUAAUUUGUUGGCGAACAUUCGGGUAAACCGCAUCUCCAAGUUGCCGAACCGCCCUCACACUUCUCUUGGGGAUGAAGUCAAAUUGUUCGCCUCGACCAUCUCGUAUGCCUAUGUGGCGGAACAAUACGAACUCAUCGGACAAGACAAACAAGUCAGGACUGUCCUAGGGCUUUUGUCGGAGGUCCCAGGCCACUCCAUCUCUGUAACCUCCAAAGGCCAACCCAAACUGAAACGCAAGCCACUUCAGUUUGUCAUUCCGAAUCCGGCCAAAACGAUAACCAUCCCGAACGGUUUCGUGACCUCGGACAUCCAGCUGAAAUCUGAAGUUGGAACCCCAAAAGGUGGAAAUCAUCCAAAUACAGCCAGAGAUGUCGCUCGCCUUAUCUUCGGACACUCAACUCCUGGCAUUAAUGCCGCCAAGACUCCAGCAUCUGCAACUGAGUGCGGACUUCCUUCGGAUCACCCAACAGCGACAACAACUGGGGGCCGCCAACGUCGUCAUGCCGGAUAG